AUUCACUUGGCAUAACAUCUCAGAGAGCUUUGCAGUGACCUGGUCAGAUGCUGAUUGAGGGGGAGUGACCAUAGGUGCAGUUGAAGAGCAGUUGCUGUUGAAGCUGUUAUCCAGCCGGUUGCUGAACUGAAUCCACUUCUGCACUGUCUGAACCAGUAUCAUGAGAAAGUUUGCAUAUUGUAAGGUGGUUGUAGCCACCUCAUUGGUCUGGGUGCUGCUGGAUAUGUUUCUACUGCUUUACUUCAGUGAAUGUAACAAGUGUGAAGAAAAGAAAGAACGUGGCCUUCCUGCUCGAGAAGAGAUAGUACAGAAGCCACAAGAAGGGCCUGGAGAGAUGGGAAAACCUGUAAUAAUCCCAAAAGAUAAUCAGGAAAAGAUGAAGGAGAUGUUUAAAAUCAAUCAAUUCAACUUAAUGGCGAGUGAUAUGAUAGCACUCAACAGGACUCUUCCUGAUGUCAGGUUAGAUGGAUGUAAAACAAAACUGUAUCCUGAAACCCUGCCAAAGACCAGUGUGGUGAUAGUUUUUCACAACGAAGCAUGGAGCACCCUGUUACGCACUGUGCAUAGUGUGAUGAACAGGUCGCCGAGACAACUACUAGAGGAGAUCAUUCUGGUGGAUGAUGCCAGUGAAAGAGAAUUUUUGAACCGGCCUUUAGAGAAAUAUGUAAAGAAAUUGGAAGUGCCAGUUAGGAUUCUACGAAUGGAACAGCGCUCCGGUCUGAUCCGAGCAAGGCUGAAAGGGGCAGCAGCUUCCAGGGGACAAGUGAUCACAUUCUUGGAUGCACACUGUGAAUGCACAGUGGGUUGGCUGGAACCACUGCUGGCGAGGAUUAAAUUGGACAGGAGUACAGUGGUCUGUCCAAUAAUUGAUGUGAUUAGUGAUGAUACUUUUGAGUACAUGGCGGGAUCAGAUAUGACCUAUGGAGGAUUUAAUUGGAAGUUGAACUUCCGCUGGUAUCCUGUACCUCAGAGAGAGAUGGACAGAAGGAAAGGAGACAGGACUAUUCCUGUUAGGACUCCCACGAUGGCAGGAGGAUUGUUCUCAAUAGACAGAGAUUACUUUGAGUUGAUAGGAACAUAUGAUGCAGGCAUGGAUAUCUGGGGAGGAGAAAACCUAGAAAUAUCAUUCCGAAUUUGGCAAUGUGGCGGGUCUUUGGAAAUCGUGACCUGCUCACAUGUUGGUCAUGUAUUUCGGAAGGCCACACCAUACACUUUCCCAGGAGGCACCGGGCAGAUAAUAAAUAAGAAUAACAGGCGGCUUGCUGAGGUCUGGAUGGAUGAAUUCAAAAACUUUUUUUAUAUAAUAUCUCCUGGUGUCACCAAGGUUGACUAUGGAGAUGUAACAGCACGUAAAGCAUUAAGAGAAAAACUGUCAUGUAAGCCUUUCUCCUGGUUUCUGGAGAACGUUUAUCCUGAUUCCCAAAUUCCACGUCACUAUUUUUCCCUGGGAGAGAUCCGAAAUGUAGAAACUAACCAAUGCCUGGAUAAUAUGGCAAGAAAGGAAAAUGAAAAAGUGGGAAUAUUUAACUGUCAUGGCAUGGGAGGCAACCAGGUAUUCUCCUAUACUGCAAACAAAGAAAUCCGAACUGAUGACUUGUGCUUAGAUGUGUCCAAACUUAAUGGCCCUAUCAUGAUGCUGAAGUGCCAUCAUCUGAAAGGCAAUCAGCUUUGGGAUUAUGACAAUGUAAAAAUGACACUGCUCCACGUAAACAGCAAUCAGUGCUUGGAUAAAGCCAUGGAGACAGAAAGCCAGGUGCCCACCAUGAAAGACUGCAAUGGCGGUCGUUCUCAGCAAUGGAUUUUGCGCAAUGUCACACUUCCUGACAUUUUCUGAUGGUUCUGUUGUGAGGAUUUAGUGUGCUACCUAUGUGCACUUUGCUGCUGGACCAGUCUUAAACUGAACGUUUAUCUCAGCAGUGAAUUGGUUCUUCCUUUGAGCAUGUGGACUCAUUUUGAAGGAUGUUUAAUACAUAAAUUCGUGGUCUUAGAACUGCCGCCUUUCUUCAUGGCUUGAAGACUACAGCUUUUUAUGGAGAAAAUGUACACACUGAUGUUUACACGAUUGUUUCUAAUUGGUUUAAAAAGGGGAAAGUGAAGACAACAAGAUGGCUUCAAUCCCAAUGAGUGAACUUGCGGUUCACAAAGCAAAUAUGGUUUAAUCUAGGAAAUGGCCUGUCAUAUCACUGGUUUUCUGUGUCAGCGGUAUAUCAUUGUAAUUUAAUCACACAAUUGUUGUACUUAUCUGGGAAGUGACAGAACCGGAAACUAAAAUUCAAAAUAUCGCUACGAGUCUUAGUUUACCCAUAGCAACCAAUGUACACAGUAUCAGAGGGGGAAUGCAAAGAAUAUAUAUCACACAUGUCCAUUUAAAUCAUUUUUGUAUGAACAGGAAUCUAUACAAUGGGGAUAAAGUUCAUGAGCAAAGUUGAAUAAUACAAUUAUGACAGACUUAAUUUUAUGUAGAUUUUUAUACCUCAAUGAACAAUUAACCAGUUCUAAUUUAGAAAAUUGUGACCAUUCUGUUUGAUUGCCUUAGUAAUCAUUUCAGUUAACUUUUUCUUAAACUAUGGUGUAUUAGAAUAGUAGAAGCCACCAAGAGAUAGGAAAAUGUUACGCACAUGUUCUUUUUCUUUACCAUCUUUUAUUUUUCCCUUUCUGUCUGGGUUUCUUACCCCAGAUUUGUGAAUGGUUAGAUCUCGGUCUUUUUGUUCUUUUCCCAAAUAAUAAUCCUCUGAGAACUGCUGCUACGAACCAGUCAAGGAACAUAUGGACUAACCGGCUUCUGAAUGCGAGUGAUUAAAUGUUUCUGUAUAGUUUGGCUUUGUAUUCUCAGUGAAUGAUGGAUUUGAAUCAUACCGUUAAGAGUGUGUGUGGCCUUGGUUCUUUUGGGUGUAGAUUUUCUUAUUAAUAAAACCAAAAUCAAAUUCGCUGUAA